AGCCUGCUGGACCUUCAGAUGGGAGGAGAUUUUGGGGCUUUGUUGUUAUAGUAAAGGCUCAACCACGGUCAGCAGUUUGUCGUCGCCGGGUCACGUUUUUCCGUGCAGUGGUGUUGGGCUGAAAGUAGCGGGUCUCGUUUAGGGAGAGAAACAGAGAGGAGACGACGCGUUAAAAGAAGCUUUUUAGGAGACGCACGAGUACCUUAACUGUCUCAUCUGUUCUGCAUCAGUUGGAUGAGUGUUGUUGGUAAGAUUUACAAAAUGACGGAAUGGUUUAGUUUUCUGGCAUCUUGUUGCGCAAACAAAAACAAAACAAAAAUGAUGAAUUCUGAGCUGAAUUAGCGUGAAGGGGAAACAACUACAACAUUCCAGUUCGUCUAUUUGGGACGUUCAUGUGCGCACACUGUGCUGCGUUUAAGGACGGUACAGUCUUUACUCAGGGUUAGCAACAGGCCCACUUUCCAAAUUCCUCUUCGGAUCCACUCUGUUUUAGACACAAAAAUAAGACCUGUGGCAGCUUAAGAUCAUUCUCUGGAAUCUACCUGACAGCAGCAACACAUGCUAGAGAUGUAAACAAAGACAGCACAACUCAAGAUCCAGUAAUGGUCUGCUGUAGAAAGCAGAGGAUGAGACUGCAGGUAACAUCUCUACCACCCCUGACCAGUCUGUAAGAUUCCAGGUGGACAUCAAAGCGAGUGCUCACCGUCUGACCUUAAAUGUAACUGAGGUCACUCCUCCUUACCUCUGCUGUAAUGGAGAAACACAGCCUACUAUCCUUCACUGUGACCUUGCUGGGUUUUCUGAACCCAUGUCUGACAAGACUGACCCCCAGAGUCUCCUUUCCUAUAGGUAGUCCUGGAAGAAAUCUCAUCCGCUUCAGUAACCACAACGUCAGAAACACCACCACUCUGCUGCUCAGUGAAGACGGAGACAUGCUGUAUGUUGGAGCCCGGGAUUCUGUGCUAGCUCUGGAUGUUAGACAUGACGACAUCAUACUGAAGAGCAAGUUGGACUGGAGCCCUUCAGACGAAGACCUUGGACAAUGUUCCAUGAAGGGCAAGAAAAUGGCCGACUGUCCCAAUUUCAUUCGUGUACUGCAGUUCUUGAACACCACACACCUCUAUGCAUGUGGAACAUUUGCUUUCAGUCCACGCUGCAUCUGCAUUGACUCAGAAACAUUAACAAUGAGCCUCAGGCCUGAUGAAGGAAGAGGUCGCUGCCCCUAUGACCCCUAUCAGCGCAACACUGCUAUCAUUGUAGAUGGAGAGCUUUACACAGGAACUGUAGCGGACUACAGAGGGAACCGGCCAGUCAUCUCCCGGUAUCUCAGUGAGGGCAGUCGUGUUGACCUGAAGUUGGAUGACACAUUAGGAUGGCUGGAAGAUCCAACCUUCAUCAGCUCUACCUUCCUGCCAGAUGAGGGGAAAAUCUACUUCUUCUUUAGUGAAGUGGGCAGAGAGUAUGACUUCAUAGACAAGUUUAUUGUCUCACGCAUUUCCCAGAUCUGCACGAGUGAUGUUGGAGGUCAGCGGACCCUGCAGCGACGCUGGACCACGUUUGCCAAAGCUCAGCUGUUGUGCCAGGCUGACAACGAGUUGCCCUACAAUGUGAUCCAGGACAUAGACACCCUUCUUCCAGCAGAUGGAGCCCCUGAAGAGGACACACUCUUUUAUGGCAUCUUCACCUCCCAGUGGUCUGUCAACUCUGGACGAUCAGCCGUGUGUUCAUUCCGUCUGACUGACAUCAAGUCAGUUUUUACUGGUAACUACAAAGUCCUGAACCGGGACACGUUGCAGUGGAGAGCCUGGGUUCAAGAGAAGGUUGCAAAUCCAGGAGAGUGUGGCCUACACAAUGCGUCAGACAACGUCCUGCGCUUUGUCAAAGAAAACUUUCUGGCAGAUGAAAGUGUGCGGCCAGUUGGAAGAAGUCUAACCAUGGUGUCUGCUGAGCACAACUACACCCAUCUGGCUGUCCAGAGAGUCCAGGCUGCCAACAGCAGACACUACACUGUCCUGUUUCUGCUUACCGAGUCUGGUUACUUACACAAAGCAGUGUUGCUGCAGAGCAGGGCCCACAUCAUUGAGGAGGUUCAGGUGUUUGAGCAGCCUCAGCCUAUCAAGAGCCUGAAGCUCUCCAUUCCCAAGGGUGUGAUAUUUGUUGGCACAUCAGAGGGUGUGGUGAAGAUUCCAACAGCAAACUGCUCUUUCUACUGGACCUGUGCUCAGUGUGUUCUAGCCCGAGACCCCUUCUGUCAUUGGGACCCCGUCAGCAGGGCCUGUGUGCGAGUCUCUAAAACCCCCACGACUCUAGGCCAGGACAUAGAUGGAGGGAAUGUUGAGGAGGCCUGCAACAGUGUGUCUUUAACACGUAAAACCAGAUUUGGUCCAAACAACCUGCCUGCAGGACAAUGACCCCAAACACACCUACAGGCCGUGUAAGGGCUAUUUGACCAAGAAGGAGAGCGAUGGAGUGCUGCAUCAGAUGACCUGUCCUCCACAGUCAACUGACCUAAACCCAAUCCAGAUGGUUUGGGAUGAGAUGGACCGCAGAGUGAAGGUAAAGGGGCCAACAAGUGCUCAGCAUCUCUGGGAACUCCUUGAAGACUGUUAGAAAACCAUUUCAGGUGACUACCUCAUGAAGCUCAUCGAGAGAAUGCCAUGAGUGUGAAAAGCAGUAAUCAAAGCAAGGGGUGGCUGUUUUAAAGAAUCUAAAACAUUUCUUGACUUAUUUCACAGUUUUCUGUUUACUACAUAAUUGCAUAUGUGUUCAUUCAUAGGUGUGAUGCCUUCAGUGAAAAUCUACAAUGUAAAUAGUCAUGAAAAUAAAGAAAAAACAUUAAAUGAGAAGGUGUGUCCAAACUUUGACUGGUAGUGCAUAAACGGUAUAUAUUGUACACUACUGUUCAGAAGUUUGGGGUCGGUCAGGCAAUUUCAUGUUUUCCAUGAAAACUCACACUUUUUUUCAUGUGCUAGCAUAAUUGCACAAGUGUUUGCUAAUCAUCAGUUAGCCCUUCAACACCAUUAGCUAACACAAUGUAGCAUUAGAACACAGGAGUGAUGGUUGCUGUACCCUUAUUCCAUUAAAAAUCAGCCAUUUCCACUAGAAUAGUCAUUUAUCGCAUUAAUAAUGUCUAGACUGUAUUUUUAAUUCAUUUAAUAUUAUCUUCAUUGAAAAAGAGCUGCUUUUCUUUACAAAAUAAGGACCAAGUCUAAAUGACCCCAGACUUUUGAAUGGUAGUGUAUAUAUACACAUCUAGAAAAGAAUAUACACUGCCUGACCCCAAAAAAAUAGUCACACACUCUAGUAUUUUGUUGGACUGCCUUUAGCUUUUGAGUAUGGCACUCGUUUGCUGUGGCAUCAUUUUGAUAAGCUUCUGCAAUGUCAUAGCAUUUAUUUCUGUCCAGAGUUGCAUUAAUUUUCUACCAAGAUCUUUUAUUGAUGAUGGGAGCAACACUGGCGGUGCAAUAUAAAUAAUAAUUAUUGCUAUAUUAAUACUUGUAUGAAAAUUUUCAUUUAUGAAAGAAUCUGUGCAAGACCGCUGUGACCAAUGUGCAAUAAUGUUAUUUCUAUAGUCAGUACUUAUGUCUAUCUUAUUUUAAUUUUUUUUUGGACUACGCUUGCAAUAUGUUUGCAAUCUUUUCUGCUGGAAUAAUGCAAAUGCCCCCACUGCUGGGUUAUUAAAGGCUUAUUUUAUCUUAUAAGACAUUUAUUCCAGAUAUUUGCAGUCUUCAAAGUCUAAGUGAGUCAGUGUUGAGUCUGACUGAACUGAGUCUUUGGUUUAAAAAGACUCACAGUGAGAAAACAAUCUGCAGGACUGAGACUAAGACCAGCACAACUGUUUUUAUGUUUCAGCUCAAAAUGUGACCAUUUAUCUGUCAGUGAAUCCAAUCAAAUCUCUGCAUGAAAAUACACUCUCACAGAAAAACACACAAGCAUUUACAAAAAAGGACUCUUUCUUCUCCAAAUGUAGACAAAUGUUAAUAUACAAUAUAAAAAGGUCACAUUAGUAAUUGCAUGAUUGUCUUUUUCCUUUAAAUUUGUGUUAAAAAAAAAGCAAAAUUGAGCUGUUCAACAUUAAAAUAUAUAAAUAAAUAAAUUCAAACUGCACUUCCUCGAGGUCCCAGUGACUCACACAAGUUCGAAAGGAAUCGGAUGAGCGGUUGUUGGGAUAAUAAGAUCAGAACACAAACUGACACACACUGAUCUUCUGGUUGAGUAGAGAAAAUGGAAGAUUCUAGAACUCUGCUGUUGAACUCGUCAAUAGUCAAAGUCCGGAAAGUGUGUGUGUUUGUGUAGGAGAUGGUGUGUAACUGGCUUCGAUCAGCAGCAGGGUGAAUACUAUUUAUCACCUAAAAGUACACAGACUCUGCAGACUUAAUCCGUAAGUGUACACAGCAGUAAGCAGCACAGAGUCCAGAUAAUGAGUGAAAACAACACUCAAGUCAGAGUUUAGAGUACACGUACAACUCUACAAACAAUUCAGCAAAAAGGUGUGAUGUAGCAAACUGCAUGUCAGAGUCUCACUUCAGUCUUAUUACUUUCAUUGUUGGUAUUUAUUCAUUUAAAUACCUGCCAUCCUGACAGAGUUAAACACAAGUGAACUGGACUGUGAGCCUGUUGCAGUCAAAUGAAGAUCAGACCUAAGUAUGAAGCACAUGAUUUUCAUUUUAAACAUUUACGUUCCCUAAAGACGUCAGUGUGUUCCUUGUUCCCAUACUGAAAUACAAAGAAACUUCGUUGAAUUAUGGUCAUUUUGUCGUUUCUUAUUGUAGGAUAGCAUUACUUUUUAACUGACAAUUGAAUAAAGAAAGGAUGGUUAAAAGAAACUUUCCUCCUCAGCACUUACUUGGAGAGUAUGACAGCAUGCUGUCUGAUGUUACUGUCUUACUGUCAGUCCCUCUGCACCUCUGGCAUUCAAAAACCACUGUACAGAAAUACACAGACACACAAACACAACACUACUAACUUGCUGUGUAUAAAUGGAAAUCAGACACCAAUUCCACUCAUGUUUGCUCGUUACUGAUGAUAAUUUGUGCUAAUUAAAUGUUGAACAUCCUGUGAGACAGAGAAAUAACAGACGCCUAAUGAAGAUUUCCAAUCAGAUUUUGACCCAGACUGUAUGAUAUUAUUCAAAGAAGAAUUUCAGCUGAUCAGUGGUGAUAAAUACGGGUGUGGUAGCUGUGAUUUCUAAACUCAGCUUGCUUUUACUGAAUUAGUGAUUAUCAUGUUGUAUAUAAAGGCUGCUUUAGAUGACACGUAGCGAUGGAUGCUCAAUCAAAAUGCUCCGUUUCUAUUAUUGAAGUGUUAUUUAUUACACAGAUAGAAUCAGCUGACCGCUUAAACAUCGUCCACUGUCCACAAAAUAAUCCACAAAAGCACAAAUCAACUGCACCAAACAAGGAAACGCCACACGAAGCUCAUGACAUUUCUCUAUUUUGAGCCUCCUCGUCUCCUCUGUUCUCCUGCCUGUGACCCAGAAAUUAAUCCUGGAGGAUGAGUCAAACCCUAAAAUGCAUCUCUAGGGCAGAAGAGGCUUGUCUGAGGAGGAGAAAGUCUAUUCAGCCCACGUGACGUAUAUAGUAGUGCAAAAUGACAAUUGCUGGAGUGAGAAUAUCGUGCAAAAAGCAGAGAAUAUCGUUUAUCAUCAGAAAGUCAAGAUACUUUAGUCAUAAUCAUAAAGAGUAUAAUUGAAAUUCAAACAAAAUACUUAACCACAACAAAGAGAAUUUGGACAGCAGCAGCUCAGAUGCCUUUAAAACUGUAGACACUGAAACGGCCUAUUUAGAAAAGGGCUAAACUCAGGUAUACGUUUAGAGUAGAAUGAAACAUUUUGCAGUGUUUUGAGCUUAAAUUUUGUAAGAUCCAUGCUGAAUACAUGUCAGAGUUUCAUUAAUUUGUUGAAAAAGGGCCUUAUCCCCCGCCUUCUCCACUUCGUGGAGGCGGGGGAUAAUAAACUAAAUGAAACAAAAAAAUGCUUAUCAAGGCUAAUGCACAUAAAAUCAGUUUAUCUUUUUAUGGAUUCUGCUCAGAGAAGGAGGCCAGUACAAUGUUGUAUGCACUCAUAAUACAUUAAAGUGACACUAUGCUCCACCAUGUAACCACAGUUUAUGGAUCUACAUUUUGUUGAACGGACGUUGUAAAAGUGUGUGCUGUCCUCAACUCUCCAUUAAUGUGGCGCUUCACAAAAUCAGCCCACCUUCAUUACAUGAUGCUACUACCAGUAUGACUCUAGUGCCUCAAACAGAAGUGAUGAAAGCCAGUUUAACAGUCUUAACUCCACAUUUCAGUACUAUAUAGUUGCUUUCUGACAUGUCUAGUGUGGAAUAAUGCAAAACAACUUUUACACUGAUUUAAGGUGGCUACAUACUAUAUUUAAAUAAGCAGAAUUACAUAAUUUGUUUAGUGUUCAUGGCAAAGUGUAUUGUCUAAAAUGGCACCAAUGCCCAUGAUGUACCUUUUUUUUGUAUCUGUAUUUUGUCUGUUUUUUGUGGCCUGCCAAAUUACUAUGUAUCUGUUUAUUUAUCUAAGCAGUAGUAGUACUUUCUGAAACAGUUUCAUAGAUUAGGCCUCAAAAUUUGCUUCACAAUAAAGGAUAAAGAAUUUUAAGGACUGAAUUUAUAUCCAAAAGGAGAAAGGCCCAAAGUUUAGUACCAAUUGAAAGGCAGAGUUUUCUUUACUUCUGAUCCUGUAGCAAAGAGACAAGUGAAAACAAAAUUAUGACAGUUUAUGUAGAGUGAAAUUCAUGAAUGAGCAUGUCUAUCCAUGCUUGUUUUACCAGAUUCUAAACUCAAAUUGGGUUGAAGGAAGGUCUAUGCAUUUUUUAAUAUAAAUUGAGACUUUGUGAACCAUGUGCCAAGUAUGUGAUGACAUUUAGUUUCCCUACAGCCUUUGGUUUUAAUAUUAUGCUUCAGGUAUUGUUGUAAAAAUUUUCCUUCAUGCAUUUUCUUUUGGGAUAGUACAGUCUUCUGGAGAUUUAGAUUGCUGUUAGCUGUUAUUAUAAUAACCCAUGACACUGUUUACAAAGUUAUGGACAGUUUUGUCUUGUUGGGGGAUUUGGUGAGCUGUAAUC